GGCAGUGGUCGACGUUUAUAAAAAAAUAAUACUACUCAGAAGUGAUCACGUAUAGUGUUAUCGACAUGCCUCGCCGAUAAGUAGACGAUAAUUCGUUAAUAUUCAGAAUAUUCAGACUUGAAGCGGUGUGUACAAGCGUGUACGGUCCUUAGUCCGGUGUCGAGAAUCCACAUAAUAAGCGCGAUAACCAUUCUAAAGCCAGUUCGUCUUUAAACACAGACUGUGCUUCAACAAAAUCCAACAAUAAUUUAAAUCUCUUGGUGAAAGAAUCUCAUUAUUCAAGUAAAAAUUGAUUCAAACUGAAAACAACUAUCGUUGUUCCACUUUGAGUUAAUAUUUUUAAUUCUAUGGAUGGACACUUAGUGUUGAACGUUGAAGUUUAAUUUAAAUUAGGAAAUAUAUUUGUGGUCAUGGUAGAAGACGAAUUCGAUCAUUACAGUAUACCUCUCCCGUUUUUAUACGCCUUUAGAUAAUACUUGUAAUACUCAGUCAUCGUACUGAAGAUAAAAAGAACACAAAUAACAAAACUACAAAACUGUAAAUAUACAAGAAUAAGUGUUAAAAUUAAGAAGAUAUCCGUCCUUAUCAUCGAGAUAAAAAAAAUGGCUGGAAGAGGAAGUAAAACGCUUGGUUUCGCUGUAAGGAACUACGCGCGUUUAUUAGCGUUGCCCAGAAUGGGAAGUUUUAAUUCUGCUCCUAAAAUACUCAACUCUGAUUGUCAAGACGAAGAAGUUCGAUUACCUGAAGGUAUCAGUCGUCACGAAUUGAUACAAUUUUGCCAAAAACAUAAACAACACUAUCCACUUUUUAAAAGAUCAUUUAGAAAAGCUAAGGAACCAUACUUUAGUGAUUACGGUAUUAAAUAUCGUAAACUAAAUUCUUAUUCAAAAGGUUGUAGUGAUUACAUUUCAACUCCAUCUACUUUACGAGUAUUUCAAUGGAACGUUUUGGCACAAGCUUUAGGACGCAUGAACGAUAACUUUGCUCGUUGCCCUGUUCAAGCCCUUGAUUGGGAAAGUAGAAAGUAUAAAAUGGUUGAAGAAAUUGUUCAGUAUUGUCCAGAUGUGAUAUGCUUACAAGAAGUCGAUCACUUUAAUUAUUUAAAAUACGUAUUGGGAACACAAGGAUAUUCCGGCACAUUUUUUCCUAAACCAGAUUCUCCCUGUGUUUACAUCGAUGGAAACAAUGGACCGGAUGGUUGCGCAAUAUUCUAUCGAACUGAUAAAUUUGAUUUGUUACAAUUCGAAUAUAAGGUGUUGGAAAUAUGGAAGGUGCAAAGCAAUCAGGUGGCUCUCUUAGUAAUACUAAAACUACGCGGGACCGAUCAGGAAAUAUGCAUAACAACAACUCAUUUAAAAGCUCGAACCGGAGUUUUUCUUUCGACAUUCAGAAACGAACAAGGAAAAGAUUUAAUAGAUUUUGUUUCGAGUCAUUGCGGAAAUAGACCGGUGGUUCUCUGCGGCGAUUUUAACGCAGAACCCAGUGAACCAGUUUAUUCAACGGUUACGAAUAAUUCCUUCUUGGAUUUAUCGAGUGCUUACGCCGAUUGUCAACCACCGGAUGUUUCUCCUUGUGAACCACCGUAUACAACCUGGAAAAUAAGAGACGAGGGAGAAAUUUGUCACACCAUCGAUUAUAUUUUUUAUAGUAGAAAAAAAUUAGAAGUCGAUGCCGUGUUAGAAUUACCUUCCGGUGAAGAUAUUGGUGAAGAUCGUGUGCCUUCAUUUUGUUAUCCUUCCGAUCAUUUCUCGUUAUGUACCGAUUUUAAAUUAUUAUGUUAAGUCAGUUGAUAUCUGAUUGAAUCUCAUUAACUUUUCGAAAUCUAUUAAACUCUCACAAUUGUACGGUAGUACUUAAAGUAAAAUGACAAUUAGUUUUUGUAAGGAAAAUAUACGAAACGUAAUUACGUAAAUUUUAUACUUAUACAGCAUUUAAUUUUACGUUAAGUUUCCUCUGUAAUCGGUAUGAAGCGCGAUUUCUACUUACGUUACCAUUGUAUAUAAGGUUUUAAUGAUAUGGAUUUUUUGUGAUAUUUAUUUCGUAAUAUCUUUUAUAUACAUAAUAUUUUUUGAGGUGAUUG